UCAGCUGGGCUCCGCUGGGCGCUGUCUCCCUUGGCUCAGAGGGUGUCAAUUUGUCCCGCUUCCUCUCGGCCCCUCACUCCCGGAGGCUGACGACGACGGCGGCGGCUGCGGCGGGCGGGGCCUGGCGUUUCGAGGCCGAGCGGCGCCGGGGUGAGGGGCGCGGAGGAGGAGGAGCAGAAGCAGGAGGAGGAGCCGCGUGCCCUGGCACCGAGCGGCCGCGGCCAUGGCGUACGCCUAUCUUUUCAAGUACAUUAUCAUCGGCGACACAGGUGUUGGUAAAUCAUGCUUAUUGCUACAGUUUACAGACAAGAGGUUUCAGCCAGUACAUGAUCUUACUAUUGGUGUAGAGUUCGGUGCUCGAAUGAUAACCAUUGAUGGGAAACAGAUAAAACUUCAGAUUUGGGAUACAGCAGGGCAAGAGUCCUUUCGUUCCAUCACAAGGUCAUAUUACAGAGGUGCAGCAGGGGCUUUGCUAGUGUAUGAUAUUACAAGAAGAGACACAUUCAACCACUUGACAACCUGGUUAGAAGAUGCCCGCCAGCAUUCCAAUUCCAACAUGGUCAUUAUGCUUAUUGGAAAUAAAAGUGAUUUAGAAUCUAGAAGAGAAGUAAAAAAAGAAGAAGGUGAAGCUUUUGCACGAGAACAUGGACUUAUCUUCAUGGAAACUUCGGCUAAGACUGCUUCUAAUGUAGAAGAGGCAUUUAUUAAUACAGCAAAAGAAAUUUAUGAAAAAAUCCAAGAAGGAGUCUUUGACAUUAAUAAUGAGGCAAAUGGCAUUAAAAUUGGCCCUCAGCAUGCUGCUACUAACGCCACGCACGCAGGCAGUCAGGGAGGACAGCAGGCCGGGGGAGGCUGCUGUUGAGUCUGUUUUUACUGUCUCGCUGCCCAGAAGGGGCUACUCACCUAUUCUUUCACCCUCCUGCUCAGCUGAGACAUGAAACUCUUCGAAAUGGCUUUAUGUCACAGAAGAAGACUUUAAUCCUUCAAAUUCUUGUAUAACUUUGAAUAAAUGGUUAAUGUUCACUUAAAAAGACAGAUUUUGGAGAUUGUAUUCAUAUCUAUUUGCAUUUGAUUUCUAGGUCAAUUGACGUGAUUAUUUUUGUUAAAUGUUGUCUUGUGCCCUUACCUACGAACUGAAUUGUAUUGAACACUACAGAGUCAUCUUGAGUAUUUUAAAUCGGUUUGUGUAGUUAGGUUUCCCCACACCUGUGGUUACCUAAUGUUUAAUAUUAUAGAACUGUCCUCAAAAGUUUGUCAAUUUUCAAGGCUAUAAGGAAAACCGAAGGACUCUUUUAAUUCUGUAUUUAUCAUUUACUUUCUGUAUAUAUAGUUUAUAACCUGCUUGGGUGUAAUUUGCCAAGCUUGAAUUCUUUAAUGCAUUUGCAUAAAUUCUAUACUGUUUAGAGCUUAAAGCUACAGAAGCAUCGUUAGGAAUUGCUUGGACACUGAAUUUUAAACUUUUUGACAUUGUUAACAAGCAUGUUCAUCUUUUUCUUGUCACUAGUCCGAGAGAAAUAUGCUUAAUGUACAUUCUAAAGGCUAUGUGUGUGUUAACCUGUUUUAAUGCCAAAAGUUUGUUAUUUGUCCACAGUUUCUUUAAGACCUCUUCAGAAAAGGAUUUGUUUGCCUUAAUGCAGACUGUUGGGUAAAAACACAGUAUAAUGAGUGAGGUGGGCGGAAGAAAGGACUCCCUCUGCCUGAGCGACUCCAGGAGGAAUGAGUGUCCACAUUUAGACGGCACAUUAUGAGGACUUUAAUCUUUCCUUGAACACAAUAAUGUUUUCUUUUUCUUUUAUUCACAUGAUUUCUAAAUAUAUUUUUCACGCAGGACAGUUUUUCAACCCUUGAUGUACAGUGACUGUGUAAAAUUUUUCUUUCCGUGGCAACCUAUAAUCUUUAAAAUAUGGUGAGCAUCUUGUCUGUUUUGAAGGGGAUAUGACAAUAAACCUACCAGAUGGAAAAUCCUGUUAAAAGUAGAAAAGCUUUAGUAAUUUGCUCAGUGUGGUGGUUUUAUCCGUCUUUUUCUUUUUCUCCCUUGGACUAUAAUGAAAUUGUUAUAGCAGUGCAAAUAAAAUCCUAUGUAUAAAAGUG